AAGAAGAAGAAGAGAAAAAAUAAAAAUAAAAAUAAAUAAAAAAACCCAAACGAAGGAGACACCACCGGAGGCGGGAUAAAUGGCGGCGGCGGUGGGUGGCAGUGGGCUGCUAUUGUCACGGCCGGUGACGUUCGUGACGGGGAACGCGAAGAAGCUGGAAGAAGUCCGUGCGAUAUUGGGAAAUUCCAUUCCUUUUCAGUCCCUCAAGCUCGAUCUGCCAGAAUUGCAAGGCGAGCCUGAGGAUAUCUCCAAAGAGAAGGCUCGUUUGGCUGCUUUUCAGGUGAAUGGGCCUGUGCUGGUUGAAGAUACUUGCCUCUGCUUCAAUGCCCUCAAGGGUCUUCCAGGUCCGUACAUCAAGUGGUUCUUGGAGAAGAUUGGCCAUGCAGGUCUAAAUAAUUUGUUGAUGGCAUAUGAGGAUAAAUCAGCUUACGCUUUGUGUGCAUUUUCCUUUGCCCUUGGCCCCAACACUGAACCUGUUACAUUUCUCGGUGAAACUCCGGGUAAUAUUGUUCCGCCGAGGGGACCUCCUGAUUUCGGAUGGGAUCCAAUUUUCCAACCCGAUGGAUACGAGCAAACUUAUGCUGAAAUGCCAAAGGAAGAAAAGAACAAAAUUUCUCACCGUUACAAGGCUCUUGCAUUGGUGAAGUCUCAUUUUGCUGAAGCUGAAUACACAUUUCAGACAGACACCUCCAUCUGAGAGAUGCAUUUAUUAUGUACUUGCCACUGCUUAACUGACCUUAAUAGAGUGGCAAGCCUUUUUUCUUCUUCUUCUUUUCUCAAAUGAUAAUGCUUACAUUUCAUAAUGAGUUACAAGAAAAUAAAUUUAGGGGAUUCCUUAUUUUUCAUCAACAUUCU